CAACACAGAUAAUGGUCCCAGAGCCCUUACACUGGAGGAUUAUUUGGGUGGAACCUUCCAAUAUAAAACAUUUUUUCCAUAUUGGGUUUCAGAUAAUGAAUAUCUUCAUCAGUCUGCAGAAGAUGAUAUUAUUCUUUACAAUGUUGAAAUGAACUACCCAACUACCAUCAUGACUAACAGCACAAUGAAACAAGUUAAUGCUUCAAAUUAUGUGUUGUCAUCAGACAAGUAUUUCAUGGCUCUGGAAAGCAAUUACUCAAAGCUGUGGAGAUACUCUUAUACAGCAUCAUACCACAUUUAUGAUCUCAUAUAUGGCGGCUUUGUAACAGAAAAUCAGCUUCCACAUAAAAUUCAGUAUAUUUCCUGGUCACCCAUUGGACACAAAUUGGUAUAUGUAUAUCAGAAUAAUAUCUAUUUGAAACGAAGUCCAAGAGAGGCAGCAAUUAAACUAACUAGUGAUGGAAAACAGAAUGAAAUAUUUAAUGGGAUUCCUGAUUGGGUCUAUGAAGAGGAAAUGCUAGCAACAAAAUAUGCACUGUGGUGGUCUCCAAGUGGAAAAUAUUUAGCAUACGUACAAUUUAAUGAUUCCGACAUACCAGUUAUUGAGUAUUCAUAUUUUGGUGAGGACCAGUAUCCUAGAAAAAUAAUUAUCCCAUACCCAAAGGCUGGGGCUAAAAAUCCUACUGUCAAAGUGUUUAUUGUAGACACUAUUAACACUGAAGUGUUUGGUCCUAAGGAAGUGCCAGUUCCUGCAGUCAUAGCAUCCAGUGAUCACUAUUUUACUUGGCUUACUUGGGUAACAGAUAGUCGAAUCUGUGUGCAAUGGCUAAAGAGAAUCCAGAAUUUUUCAGUCUUAGCUAUUUGUGACUUCAAAGAAAAUUCAAAUACUUGGGACUGUCCAGAGAAUCAACAGCACAUAGAAGAGAGUCAAACAGGAUGGGCAGGCAGAUUCUUUGUUUCUACACCAUAUUUUACAUCAGACAGCAGUUCAUACUACAAAAUUUUUAGUGACAAAAAUGGUUAUAAGCAUAUUCAUUACAUCAAUGGCUCUGUGGAGAAUGCAAUCCAAAUUACAAGUGGAGAAUGGGAAGCAAUAUACAUUUUCAGAGUAACAAAUGAUGCAAUUUUCUAUUCAAGCAAUGAAUUUGAAGGCUAUCCAGGAAGAAGGAAUAUUUACAAAAUCAGCAUUGAAAAUAAACCUAUUAGAAAACAGUGCAUUACUUGCAAUUUAAGGAAAGAGAGAUGCCAGUAUUAUACAGCAAGGUUCAGUGAACAUUCUAAGUAUUAUGCCUUGAUCUGUUAUGGUCCCGGGAUUCCCAUUUCUACGCUUUUUGAGAAUGACGGUGAUAGAGAGCUCAGAGUAUUGGAAGACAACUGGGAAUUGCAGUCUGCUUUGCAAGAGAUCAAACUGCCAAAAGAAGAAAUCAAUAAACUUGAAGUGGAUGGUAUAACCUUGUGGUACAAAAUGCUUCUACCCCCACAGUUUGAUAGAUCCAGGAAGUACCCUCUGCUUAUUCAGGUGUACGGAGGACCUUGCAGUCAAAAUGUGAAAGAAACAUUUAGCAUUAGCUGGAUAACCUAUCUUGCAAGCAAAGAGGAAAUUAUUGUUGCUCUAGUGGAUGGCAGAGGGACAGCUUAUCAAGGUGACAAGAUUUUGCAUGCUGUAUAUCGAAGGCUAGGAGUCUAUGAAGUUGAGGACCAAAUCUCAGCAGUAAAGAAAUUUAUAGAAAUGGGGUUUAUUGAUGAGAAACGAAUAGCAAUAUGGGGCUGGUCCUAUGGUGGGUACGUAAGUUCUCUGGCACUUGGAUCUGGCAGUGGAAUAUUUAAAUGUGGAAUGGCUGUGGCUCCUGUUUCCAGCUGGGAAUAUUACGCAUCUAUCUACACAGAACGAUUUAUGGGUCUUCCUGUAGAGUCUGAUAAUCUUGAGCACUACAAGAAUUCAACAGUGAUGGCAAGAGCAAAGAAUUUCCAAAACGUAGAGUAUCUUCUCAUCCAUGGAACAGCAGAUGAUAAUGUACAUUUUCAGAACUCAGCACAAAUUGCAAAAGCUCUGGUUAAUGCACAGGUGGAUUUCCAAGCGAUGUGGUAUACUGACCAGAACCAUGGAAUUCCAGGCCUUUCCAGCAAGCAUCUCUACACACAUAUGACCCACUUCCUCAAACAAUGUUUUUCUUUGUCAGAAUAAGUAGGCUGUUCAGAGCAUGCUACAUCUGAUACAUCUCUGGGAAAAUGAAAUGAUAACAGUGCCCAGGUUAUAUAGUUUUCAGGUGAAUUGAUAACAGGAACUUUGAAGUUUUAAACUUGAUGUUUACAUCCACUUUUGGUAUUGUAUAUUACGAAAUGUUAUGCUAAUACAUGUUUUAGCACAUUUAACACCUGUUUGAUAGGAAAAAUAAAAUCAGAAUGUAAAAUGACAUGUGCAUUUAUUGCCAUCUUGCUUAAACUUACAUUCUGCAAUCCAAAGAGAGGUGGUCCAUUGCAAAGGCACAACGCCAGAUGAAUAUGCUUGCAUUUGUUAACUACAACUCUAAAAUGGGAAAGGACAAAGACAGCAGUGCAAGUACCUAAUUAGCAUCCUAACAAAAGACAGUUCCUCAAAAUUUCUUUCCAAUUUCUUGGAAACAAUCCAAGCAGGCAUAGGAACACACAAUAUUUAAAGCUGAAGGUUGGAUAAUUAUCCAGAAUAUUAAAUGCUGUUUUCAAAUUUUAUUCAACUCUUAUUUGAAACCUUGAUUCUGCAAAACUCUCAGUGUUCAGAUUUAAAUAUGAAAGCAGGACAUUAAUGAUAGCUAUUUUAUCUCAGUUGUUUUUUUCUCUGUAUUCAGAAUAUGUGAGCCAUAUUAGCCUGUUUUUAAUCUCUAAUAAUCACCUCAGCAUUCAAAUUAAUCUCAGUGUCAUUCAUCCCAGACUGGAGGAAAAGGAUCAAAGGAUUAUGCAGGCUGUCUUUGCUUUGUUUCCAGUGAAACUAGUUUAGUCUUUUAAAAAUGCUAGGGGCUAAUAAUGAUUGGAAUACUUGUA